AUGGCUAAAGCACGCUCGGUACAUGAUAGCGAGAUAGAAGAUGUUGAGUCUAUGGACCAAGUGGACGAUGAAGACGAAGUAGAAGAGGAAGGAGACGAUGACGAACUUGAUGACGAUGAAGUGCAAGAUGAAGAAGAAGAGGAAGACGAAGAAGAAGAAGAAGAAGAAGAUGAUGAUGAUGAAGAUGAUGAAGAUGAUGAAGAAGAUGAUGAUGAACACGAUGCAGAUGAGACUACAGCUGUUGAUAAUGGUGUGACUGGAGGAGAAGAGGAAGAUGACAACGAUGAAGACGAUGAAGACGAUGAAGAUGAAGGUGAUGAUGCUGAGGAAGAGGACGAAGACGAGGAAGAGAUUCCAAGUAUUAGUGAUGAUGAAACUGGUUAUAAGAUUGAAGAUCCAGAUGAUAUUGAUGAUGACCUUGAAAUGCCUGAGGAUGAUGAAGAAGAUGAAGAAGAUGCAGCUACCCCCGCUCCUACCUCGAGAACUAACAAAGUACCUGUUUCCGAACCUACAGUACCUCCAGGAGGACGGCUGUUUAGAAGAAGACAACAGUUGUCAUACUAUGAAGAUGACGACAAGCUUGAUGAAGAUGAGGAAGACGAUGAAGAUGAACAGGAAGACGAAGUGGAUAACGCUACUCCUAAAACAGGGGUCACCAAAUCAAACAAUAAUAAUAAGAGUAGAGUCAAGAAAAAGGUUCCUAAAGUUGAUAAGUUAGACUUGCUUGAAAAUGAUUUACUUUUAAGUGACGAAGAGCCCGAAUACGAUCCCGACAACCAUCAAGAUCUUUCACGUAUGACCCAGAGACAACGGGCAAUAUACAUGGAGGAAGACAUUGAAGAUACAAAUGAAGAAGAGAGCGUAGACUACGAUGAUAUUGACACUGAAACCGGGACAGGCACACCACCAGUCAAGAAGAAACGGUUUAUGGAACUUGGAGAUAACUACGGUCGCCAUGCAAAGCAAAAAAGAACAGAAACAGAAGAACAAGCUGCUCAUCGUAAAGCGGAAAAUGCUAGAAGAAGGCAUAACUACAAGCUCAAGCAACUUGAAGAAGAGAAACAAGAUACAUUGAACAAAUUGCUUAAACGAAGAGCUGCCAAAACAAGAGAAAUUCAACCCAAAGAAGGAAGUGUCGAUCCAAGACUGGGAUCUCAAUCCCUGUUAGGAAUUCUGUCAUUGCUGCCUAUACGACCUCAAUUGAGCCAUCCAGGGUUGAUGAGAUAUGUGAACAAUGUCUCUACAUUAAAGGGGAAUUCAGUGUUAGCAUAUAACCGAGAAGAGAAUGGAUCUUAG